AUGCCGGCUUUAAAUUCUCCAGCAAAGAUCCUCGUUACAGGUGGCUCUGGCUUCCUUGGGACUUGGAUAAUCAAAUAUCUUCUUGAGCAAGGAUUCAGCGUCCGCACGACUGUGCGCAGUCCUACCAAAGCCGACUUCCUCAAGCAGGUCUUCGCGGACUCGUCCUCCCGACUCGAGUUCUCCUAUGUCCAGGAUAUUGUCGCCGAGAACGCAUUCGACGAGUCUCUCAGUGCAGGAGACAUCGAUGCAGUGAUUCAUUGCGCUUCGCCUCUUCCAGUGUCGGACCCCAAGGCAGAUCCAGACGUAAACAUCAAACCCGCGAUUCAAGGCACCCUCGGGAUCUUGAAGAGUGCCCAGAAGGUUCCCUCAAUCAAACGCAUAGUUAUCACCUCCUCCAUAGCCUCAGUCAAGGACCCCCGGGAUACGGGGCAUAUUUAUACAGAGGAGGACUGGAACCACAGCGUUGUCAAGCUUGUCAAGCAAUACGGCGCCGAAGCACCAUCACUCGCAAAGUAUGGCGCGAGCAAGAUGCUAGCCGAAACGGCGGCAUGGAAUUGGCUCAAGGAAAACAAGGUCAAAUACGACGUUGUGUUCAUGCUCCCUGCGUUCUUGUUUGGGCCCGUUUUGAGCGAAACCACGAGUGAGAUUGGUGGUUCGAAUUUCGUCCUCUUAGGCAAUCUCAAGCAACACGUACUUAAUAAUCUUUCUCCAGAGUGGCUCUCACGGUCCAUCGACUUCGUUGACGUCCGUGAGACGGCAUUGGAACACAUUAAAGCGCUCACAACGCCCGGGGCCGGUGGACAGCGUAUCCUCAGCGUUGGCUAUGUCCUGACAUUGGAGGAGAUUUUGGACGAGGUUCAAAAGAAUCCCGUAGAAGGAAUCACCGUUCCGACGACAUAUAAAAAGUCUGGCGCAAAGCCAGAUUAUAGUUAUUCCAAGGAGAAAAAUGCAAGGAUUCUUGGAAUCUCCAAUAGGCCUCCUGCGGAGACUAUCACCGACUUGCUCAAGUUUGCCGUUUAUAUUGGUUGGAGGCAGUGA